UGAAGAUUCGCUGGUCGCUUGUGUUCGUGUUUAACGGACGGAACAAAAAUACAUCGUAACAUAGUUUAGGCUUUCCUUUUUUAUUAAUAUUUCGAGAUAAAAUUGAGAUAAAAUACGAUAAAUAGAAAACUGGUUCGUGGUUUAAGCCUCCAUCCAUUAACUAUUAACUAUUUAAGAUUUAUUUUUCUUUUGUCGCAUCCUUUGUGUACUUUUUUCUUAAGGCGACCGCUAGUGGGCGCGCCAGAGUCAGAGCUAGUGCUACAGAUGCAGUUGCAGGAGAUGGAGGACGAGGCCAGGUUUAACUCGGAGGGUUUGUUGUGUAAGGGGGGAUUUCAGACUGUGUUAAAGAUGUGUGCAGUGAAGCUGGUGGACAUCAGAAACAUUCAGGGACUGAAUGUAAAACUAAUACCAGAAGAACAUCUUACUGAAGGUGAAUCCAGUCUGAAUGAUGGAGACCAGGAGACACUGCAGGCUCAGUUAAAGAUGAGUUCAGUGAGGCUGGUGGAUUUCUUGAAAGAUGAUAAAGCUGAGGAUGAAUCCGAAAGAAAGGACCAUGGAUACAACAACAGCAAUGUGUCCAUGUCCUCCAAUGAAUCCAACAGGUUUGACAGAGACCAGGAAAAAAUGCACAAUCAAUUGAAGAUAGUCUUGGUGAGACUAGUGGAUUGUGGGAAAAUACACACCAGGAAUGCAGCAGCUGAAAGAGAACCAGAUGGCAGGGAUUCUGACCAUGAAUGUCAAAACACAGACUUAAUGUCUUCAAGUAAAUCCGAAAGGUUUGAUAGAGACGAGGAAACGAUGCAGGCCCAAUUAAAGAUGAGUUCAGUAAGACUGGUGGAUUGCAGAAAAAUACAAAAGAGAAAAGCAACAACUAAGGGUGAACCAGACGAUGAGAUUUUUGAUCAGGAGUCCAAGAACAAUGAUUUUACUCCUUCCAAUAAAACCGGCAGGUUUGAUGGAGACCAGCGAACAUUUGAGGCUCAGUUGAAGGUGUGUUUGGUUAGACUGGUGGAUUGUGGAAAAAAACAAAGCAGAAAAGCAACAGCUGAAUGUGAGCCAAAAGGUAAGUCAGGCCGGUCAUCUCCUGAUCAAGAGGAUGAAAAGAUGAAUUUGUGAAGAGCUUCAGGGUAUCACCUCUGUCAGGCAAACUUAUCUCACUUCGUAAUGGCCGAAGUGUGUACCGGUGCAGUCGGGGAGUGUUAGUAGUUCAUUAGAUUUUACACAUCAGAAUGCACACGCAGAAGAGAAUGUGCAUUUUGCAAAAGAAGCCGUAACAGUGUGCACAGUGCACCAGUGUGUGCAUGCUAGAGAAAAGCCUUUAAAUGUGAGUAUAGUAUGGGGGGGGGAAUUCAUAAGUGCAGAGGUACCAGUCUGAGUAAAACCUUACAAGUGCCCCAUCGGACUCAGGAUUUUAGAAAUUAUUGCACACUGGACAGAAGCCUUAAAGCCUCCUCACCUGCCAGAACAACCAGCAACCUUAAGCUGUACCAGAGGAUACACACAGGGGGGGGAAGCUCUACUGCUGCUCUGUGUGUCCCACAUCGUCAAAGCACAUCUAAGAUGCACACUAGCGAGAAGCCUUGUUGGUGCUCAAAAUGUGAAAGAGCAUUAACAGUUUGGCAGCUAUUUAUAUAAAAAAACAAGUGCACACUUGAGUUGAGAAUUUACAGGAUUUUGUCCUGUGUUAUUAAUGACAUAAUGGUCACGCUUCCUGUUUUGGGCUUAUUCACUGAUUGGAUUUUUUUGCUUUUGAACAGUAGAACACAUAGUUAGUGCUUAUUUAGCAGAAAUAUGUUAUUUUCUUUUUUUAAAUGCUAUUUAAAAUAUGAGGUGUUCAAGUCAAUCUGGGACUAUUUAUGGUACAGAAUAACAGAACACUUAUGAGAGUAAAGUUCCCUUUUGUUUGUCUAUAUAAUCUGUUGUUACAAUAAUACACUUAUCCCAGCAUUUUACUAGUUCCUUGGUAAUAUUCAAUGGAAAAUAUAUUUUCUCAUUUUGCCAGAGCCGUGAUCGGACUGCAUGCCUCAUUUACGCUGGCCUCCCAGGAACUCCUUUAAUUGCCCAAACAUUUGGAGGUCAGGACUGUGUGGUAACUUCCCGCUGUGUUCCUGUAAUGUGCAAAUGGCAUUGUUGAAUGAUCAUGUAUAUAGUUUGUAUUAUUGUCAACAAGUUAUCCGUCAAUUUUUAAAGGAUCAGGCGUUCCACUCGCUGAAUGUUCAUGGGAACGACUGCAGUGGGCUUCGAGCCGCCUCGGUUGGGAUCGCUGUUCACGGGUGUUCUGCCAUCUUUGAAACGUUUGCAAUGUUAAAAUGUUUUGCAGCAGCUAUGAGUCUCAUCACUGUGUUUGGUGUCUUUUGUUAACAUCAAACGCUUUUAUUCCUGAGAAAUUAAAUCACAAAUCCCAGUUUGACUUGAACACCCUUUUUAUAUGCAAACAACUAGAUUUUGUUUAAAUAUUAUUUAUCUUUUUCUAAUGAAUUGCCUUUUUGGCAUUGUGAAUGUAAUGAAAUGACCUGUAGAGUCUUUUAUGAAGAAUGGUUAAAAAUAAGCCCAGGUUUAUUUAAAUAGUCCCACAGUACAUCAUUACGUAAAGGUUUUACAAACUUUUCCAGUUCUCCACUGUAUGUGUAUAUGCUUGAUGCAUAUCGAUCAUUUCUAAAUCACCUUACUAGAGAUUCAGUGCUUUUUAUCGAGAAGCCUAAGAUGAAUGAUUAUACUGGGCAUAUGUAUUGUAUUUAAAUAUUGCUUUGUAUUUUUGUGUGUGUUCCUAUUGAGAUGUGUAUAUUAGCACACAUCAUUAAGUUUUUUUGUUUUAAUGUGUAGUUCUGUGCCUUCUUUGUUUGUUCUAGUUUACAGAACAUUUAAAUAAACAAGGGAU